AUGUCUGGAAAUGAGCAAAGAAUCCGAUCGCUUCCGUCCGAAGUGGUAGCGAAACUCCAGUCUUCCACGUCCAUCACGCACUUAAAUGGCGUGGUUGUUGAACUAGUGAAAAAUGCACUGGAUGCAAAUGCCCACACCGUCUACGUGACCAUUGACUUCCAACGGGGCGGCUGUGUGAUAGAUGACGAUGGGGAUGGAAUCCCACCGGCCGAGUUUGAAUCCGACGGAGGCCUGGGGAAGCCGUACCAUACCUCGAGGUUCCACUCAGCUCGAGAAGUGUAUGGCCGACGAGGCUCUUUCUUGGCAUCAUUGGCGUCUCUCUCGUUGCUGACAAUUACAUCUCAUCAUAUCCACUAUCCAAGCAAGAGCACGGUAAUAUUCCACCACUCCACGCCGGUUGCUCGACUGGUCCCGGCUCCAGUCUCGCGAGGACUGAGAUUUGGUGACCAUGGCACCAGCGUUACCGUGAAUGAUCUUUUUGGAAAUAUGCCUGUGCGUGUGAAAAGCCGAGCACUGUCUCUCCAGAGGCCCGACGAAUUAGAUCGUCAGUGGGAUGAACUCAGGCAGCUUUUGGUCUCUUUAAUGCUGGCAAACGACAGUCUUACAAAGCUAGUGAUAUCUGAUGCUAGUCGAGAUAAAAAGCUCAUCAUUCGUCCCCGCAAUCAUAGCCAGUCAGCAGAGGGUGCGUUAGAUUUGCAGCGCAUAAGCUCCAUCUUUGCGCAGGCAGGUUUAGCUGAGUUUCAGAAUAUCCAGUGCUGGAACGCCGUCUCGGCUACUCUGCCUGAUCUCUCGAUCCAUGCUGCCAUUUCCCUUAAGCCAAGCCCUACCAAAAAGGUUCAGUUUAUCUCAGUGGGGAUGAAUCCAAUCUAUGCACGGAACAGUACAAAUCUGCUUUACAAUGACACCAACAGUCUUUUCUCUUCAUCGGACUUUGGUGCCAUGGGAGGGCCCCGGGGGCCCUCAUUGCAUGGAGGUCUAGCCGAGCCUCCUAGUGACCAUGCCGGUACAAAAUUCAACUCGAUGACUAAACCUGUGAAUAAGUGGCCGAUGUUCUAUAUACGCAUAGAUGUCAAUGCUCAGGAAAUCAAUGAUGGCGAAGACGUUCCCGAAUCUGACAAAUCCAUCCAACGCAUCAUGGACGUGCUUGCAGCUAUGAUUAAUGAAUUUUUGAAACAGCGCGGUCUCCGUCCACACACCGGAAAAAGAAAACGAGCAAGAACUCAGGCGCACUCAAAUGCGCAAGGUACAGGCAAGCCAAAGAUUGCAGCAGGUCAUUCAGACAAUGUCGGCACCGAAGAAACGCUUAAUAGUCAUGUCAAGCUGCCCGAGUUUCAUAUCCCCACACGCAGUACCGAGGACUUAGGGAGUUGGUCUAAAUCUAAGAGUGCCAAAGACUCUUUCAAGGCUUGCUCAAGACAACAAACUCCGCGUGUUAAUUCCGGUCGCGCCUUAAAAGUGGCUAACAACGAACCUACUACCAAUGAACCCGCUCGAGCAUCCUCAAUGGCGAUAUCAAUGGCCGAAGAACCAAGGCUUUCAGAACCGCAGCAAGAUGGUAAUGACAACCUUCCAUGGACUUCGGGCAAUAGAGAUGAGUCGACUGCCGAUCGAAUGGUGUCCUGGACUGAUCCGUAUACUGGAAAAAUUCACUUGAUCAACUCCCGGACUGGGCAAUCAUUCAACGAGCUCCCACAUAUUAUUUCAAACCAGGAAGAUCAAAGACCGCGAUCAACAGGAUGUUUUCAGACUGUGCGGGCAACGAGGCUUGCAAAUCGUCCAAAAUCAGCGGUGGCUGCUAAAUCUCAAAGUUUCUGGGUUAACAACCUGUUGGAUCAUUGGGAAAAUCCCGCUUUUCGCCGCUCUGAGAAACCCAUACAUGCUAUCGAUGCAGGUCACAGCAGUGUGACCGAAGCCGUGGAAACCAGAGUCCGCGAUGUCUCAAGUGAGCUGUGUGGGUUCGAAGCCACUGGAAUAUCGAAGUUCCGAGGCAAACUGCUCAAGCAGGACCUUCAAAAGGCAGAGGUCAUCGCUCAAGUGGAUCAAAAGUUUGUCUUAGCAAGACUUAAGGUCGCCUCUGCUCACAAAACAGAGGACGGCUUCGUAACCACAUUGGUACUUAUCGACCAGCAUGCCGCAGAUGAGCGCUGCCGUGUCGAGGCUCUUUUUGAGGAAUUAUUUACCCCUUCACAGGGUGAUUUCAGGCGAAUUCAGACCGUCACCUUGGAAUCAUUGGUGUUUGAAAUACCUUCUAUAGAAAAACGUCUUUUUGGGCGGUACCGGGACUUUUUUGGAUCAUGGGGCAUUGAAUACACUGUUGAGCAGAAACCCGCGGAGAAAUCUGCAUUCAUCUUCGUGCAUAGGGUCCCUAUGCUUAUCGCCGAGCGAUGCCGGGUGGAGCCAAAUUUGGUUAUUGAACUGAUUCGGGGCGAGCUUUGGAACCGCGAGGAAACGAGGAGGCAGCCGGAUCGCACAGACGAAGACCAGGGGUGGAUAGGCCGACUCAAGGGAUGCCCGCAGGGGCUGAUUGACCUGCUGGAUUCACGCGCCUGUCGAACGGCGAUCAUGUUCAACGACGAGCUCACGGCCGGGGAAUGUCAGCAUCUGGUAAACCGGCUGGCUCAAUGCGUGCUUCCAUUCCAGUGUGCGCACGGACGACCAUCAAUGAUCCCCAUUGUUGAUAUGGUCGAUGGAUUAGAUGGCAAUGAGGGACACGAUGAAGACCCAAGUGAACUUGGACUCGUGGAGGCGUUUCAAAACUGGCAGUCUCGCUGA